UCGGGUGGCUCGUUGCAGCCGAGUGUUGGCGGUUGUUCGUUGGCCCGGGCCUGAGGAGAAGCCUUUGUGUCGAUGGCGCCGGCGGUUCCCCCGCGGGGGCGGGCGGCCGCCUCCCGCUGACCCGGCCCAUGGCGCUGCGGUGGGGCGGCGGCGAGCGCCUGCAGCCCGGCCCCGCCUCCGGCGACGUGGUCAACCUGCUGUCGGAUGAGGAGGAGGCGGACGGCGCGGCGGCCGAGGCCCAGGCCCAGGCGGCGGCCUCCAGCUACCGGCCGCGCCGCGUCAAGCUGCAGCCUCCCGCCCUGGAGGCCGUGCUGCCCGGCCUGGGCGACGUCGGGCCCGAGGAGGAGCAGCGGGAGCACGACCGCGGCCUCGUCCGCUUCGAGAACCAGAAGCUGUUCAGUGAGUUUGUGGAAUUCUGUGGAACAUUAACAGAAGAAAAUCCAGAAGUGAUAAACUUCCUGCAGAGGAAAUACAGCAAGGCUUUUCCAGAGUACUUGGCCUCCACAGAAUUCCGCAAUGUACUGGGACGCUGCCUGACUCGGGUUCAGGGUAAGAAGAGUAAAGUCUUUGUUUAUAUCAAUGAGCUGUGUACGGCACUCAAAGCCAACUCCCAAAAAACAAAACUCACCUUGGCCAGUAAGGAGAAUUCAAGGCAUCAGCUGACGGGGUUUGAGGGUCAGUCUGUUACAGACACCAAGGAGAAGGAAGACUGCCCUGAGAGAACUUCUGCCCCAUCAGAAGACGCAUCCACGUCUGUUCCAAACCCUACUGCAGUUGAAAAGAAGCGAACUGGCACUGGUUCACGGCGUCAGAUCCGUUACCUGGAGAACCUCUUAAAAGUUUACUCGGAUGAAAUUAAACGGCUUCAAGAAAGAGAAUUGGACUUGAAAGAUUUGGAAGAUGAAGAUUCCUCUUACGUUCAGGAGCACCGGCUGAAGAAGAAGAUGGUAAAGAUCUUUGAAAAGCUUUGUGAGCUGAAGAACUGCUCGAGCCUGACGGGCCGGGUUAUCGAGCAGCGCAUCCCCUUCACUGGCACCCGUUACCCUGAGAUCAACCGCAAAGUGGAGAAGUUCAUUAACAAGCCUGACCACUUCCCUGACUACCAGGACAUCAGGAACAUCAUGCACAAAGUGAGCACUCGACACAAUCUGGGGCUGAGCCAGAGGCAGAUUCAGAGCAUGGCGCAGGAUGUGUUCCGUGAGGUUGGCAAUCGGCUGCAGGAGAGGCGGCACCUUGACCUGGUUUACAACUUUGGCAGCCAUCUCACUGAUGACUAUAAGCCAGGCAAGGACCCAGCCAUGAUGGACAUUACUUUGGAAAAGCGGCUUCGGCAAAACAGGACGGUGGCACUUGGGCGCCUGGAUGAGGUGGUAAAGAAGUACGCUGAGCUCCAGGAUGUCGGUGAAAUGCAGGAGGAGGAAAAGAGAAAGAAGAAGAAACUGCACCAGUCUGCUGUCACUCCUACCUCCAAAGCAGAAAGUGAGGAUGUCAAGGAGGAACAAGAGCAGGUUCAAAAGGUGGAGGAGGCUGAAGGGAAAGGACAAAAGGAGGAAGCGGUGGAGGAUGCUGCCUCGGAGGAGGAGGAGGAAGAGGAUGAUGAUGAAGAGGAAGAUGAAGACUUGUCUUCUGAGCCUGACAUUGAAGAGGAGCUGUCCAAAAUUGAGGAGGCUGUAGAGGCUGAAGAAGAGCCACAAGAAGAUGAGAAAGCAGAAGGCAGUGAGGUUGAUGAGACUGAGGUUCAGUCUGAAGACUCCCCCCAAUCGUCAGAUGAGAGUGAAGAAGAAUCUGAAUCAGCAGAGGCCCAGGCAGGAGAGGUGGUGGGCACAGUCUGCCCUUUGGAAGGGGACACUGCCUCCAUUAAUGAGAGCAGUCCUACCUGCACCAGCUUGCAAGAGCCAGCAUGCAGCCUGGAAAGUAAGUCUCCCACAGCAGAGACAGCUGGGAGUGACGAUGUCAUUGGGCCUGUCGACGCUGUGGAGGAAGGAGUUGGAUCAAGUAAUGAGGGGACAGCAGUUGGGUCAAGCGGCGAGGAAGUAGUCAGAUCAAGCAGUGAGAGCAUGCCUGCCAAUAUUAUGGAGCAAGAUGUUGUGCUUGACAAUGCAAAGAGCCCUGUCAUUGCUGCUGAGGGAAAGGAUCAGUUGGGGGCAGAGGUCAGCACCAUCUGCACCACAAGAGAAGUGAUUGAAAGUGCAGGGUCAAGCCCUGCACCAACUGAUCGUGAAGAGUUGAAAGGUGAACAACCAACAAGGCAGGCUAAGAGAAAGCGAGCGGACUCCAGUGGGCAGAAACUGGAGAUGCCAAUACUACCCUCUAAAGCAUGGGAGGAUAUUUCAGUUAAUAAGCAAAAAGUAGUCAACAGUCUGUCUGCACGUACUUGUGAUAUAGGAACUUUGGCAUGUUCUGAGGUACAGUCUUUGACUGUGAGCGAUGAUGCAAACUUGGACAAAAAGCCUGUCAUCGAUAAAGAGAAUUUGUUGGAAACUGAUAGACGGAGUCCAGAAAUUUGUUUAACUGCAGUAAAUGGAAAAGAGAGGGAUUCUGUUCUGGAUGGUUCACCAGUUGCAAAGAGAAUCAAGCGAGGAGGAGAUGAGGAACACUGCAACGUGGAGGUGAUUGAACUGAUGGAGUCUGAUGAAGGGACGGAGGAGCUGCUGACAGACUGUGCACCAUCCCUUGUAGGAGUCAAGAGCCCACUUCCUGCUGUCGAUUCUACCCAGGCUGAUUCUCCCCUCGUCAGUGUGGUCACCAGCUCCCAGCCCAGUCCUGUAAGGCACAAAAGGGUGAAUGUGGCAACCCAGUGUGACCCUGAAGAAAUCAUUGUCUUGUCUGACUCUGACUGAAACUGGUCGACUCCCCUGGAUCGCAGGGAGCACUGUACAUCAAGGAAGCAGAGAAAGCUUGCGUAGCUGCCUGUCUCUCAAAUAAUUGAAGCAUUGCAGGACAUAUGCUGCUGACAAUUUUAUUCUUUUAUUUGGGGUUGAGUCCUGAUUGGGGCCAAAGGCUCUUGGAUUAACUGCUCUGGGCUUUACUGACUGGUUUUCCCCCUUUCUCUUCUCCAUUGGCCUAAUGCCCACUCCACUGCUCUGGGGAGUAGGGGAUGGGGGUGUGGGUUGAUGGAGAAAUGGACAGCCUGUCCUGUGUUAUGAUAGAAGGUUGUUUUAAAAAUGUGUACAAAUGAAUUAGCUGCCACUUGGUGCAUGCCACUUAAAUGAACAAUGUUCUCAGAUCAUGAAGUGGCAGAACUUUUUAAAAAGAAAAGGAAUCUCUAAAACUUGUCAACUAUCUCAAACUUCCCAAAAACCUGAAGUGGUCUGUGCAGUGGAAUUAACAAGAAGGCAUUUAAGAUGAUUCCCCUGAUGUGAAAGCUAACUUCACAGUAAUCUGCAUAACUUCCAAGAAAGUGUUAACAAGCACCUUCAGAUUUUGAAGCUUUUUCACUUUUUAAUAUUUUGGUUUGGAUCUGCUGGGUCACCUUCCUUCCCCACUGCCACCUGCAGAAAGCCCUGCCUGGGGAGGUGAAAAUCCCACAGGGUCUUUGCCCAGGUGUGAGCCGUGCUGGUCUUGGCUCGUCACUGACCUGUCAUGCAGGGCUGUCCCCUUCCAGUUCCCAGGACCCUGUGGGUCUGUUGGGAGCAAGUGACAGUCCGAGUGUCUUGGUUCCACCUACCUCUCCACAGGUUGUCAAAUGGAGCUUUGCUGCUCUCUGACCCACAGCUCAUCAGAGUUUGUGCUUUUAAAGCAGUGGGCAAGGCCAGACAGUUGACCACUUGGCCUGGAUAAGAUGCACAGUUGAUGGGUGUUCAGAUGUUGGUAUCAUUGCUUGCCUCGGGCUGGAUUUGGAGUUGCUUUUCCUUUUUCCAGGACCUCUACUGUUUCCACUUUUUAAAUGGAGGUUCCUGUACUAAAGUUCUGUAUUAAACUUCAAAUAAAAAAAACAAAUUCCUGGUCACAAAGCAGUGACUUCAGACUUGAUUUGCCACCCACCAAGUCCACUGCUAUUUGCCUCAAAACUAACUUACUCAUUUGUCACUGACUUGCUGGCUAAUGUUUGGCUGCAGAGAGGCAACAGUGUUGGGGAGGGGCUUGUUCACAGUAAACAGCAGGAGAAGCAGACACCUGUUCAUAGUUGAAGUACAUCCAGAUCGUACACUGGAUGAACUAUGGUCAAGUUCCGCCAAGUGUUCUGGACAAAGUAAGAACUUGGUGGGACACGUGAGUGAUGUUCAGAUGUUCUUGUAAAGGGCUUGGCUGCCUUUCUCAUUCCUGCUUCUGUUUCUGCAGCAGAAUAAAGUGAACUUUUCCUGGAGAUUUGGUUUGAAGGCACCAAAGUGCAGGGCAUUGAUAGCAUCCCAUUACCUGAUUUGGGUGGUGACAGGAGGUGCAGCUCUGAAGCUAUGGGCAAGCACUGGUUGUGAGUGAGGAUUAAAGUCCAUCGUGCAAGGGAAUCGAGUGCCUGUUUAUUUCUCAGUGAAGGUGCAUUCAAUGUCUUUCUCAUUGGCUAAUUAGUCUCUCCAAUUAAAGUAGGGCCAUGCUGUUAACUAGCUUGUUGUUAGAGCAAUCUGUUUUCAGUGAUGGUUUCUGCAUCAGGUCCUGCUCCCCAGCAAUGUGUCCAGUAUUGCAGUCUCCUCCCUGAAGAUUCACUUUAAUGGCAAUGGUGCUUUGUGUGUUGGAUUUGAGAAAAUUGCCCAAGUGACUAUCUGAAGAUUAGACUGUGCACAAUAAAGUUUUAAGUCUUUUAUAGAUGCUGGUGGCUUUGAGUCCAAUUUAAAGGUGGUUUUUGGUCUUGCAUUGGGCCCUUUUGAGUUUUCAGUAUUGAGUGGAUGCCUGUUUCUGGUUUUCCAGUUCAGUGGAACUUUCUGCUGGUGUACCCUUCCAACAUGCAUCAAGCUACCUGCAUCAGCCCCACAGGCUUUCUGUCCACUAGGCCAGGGAUGGUUGCAGGCACAGUCUACUAGGUAAAUGUUAUCAUCUAUUGUAGGGCAUGGAUGGGGCUUCAAAUGGAGUACUGGUCUCUUUAAGGAAGGAUAUUAGGAGUUUGGAGAAGGUUUACUGAACUAACACUGGGAAUGGGCAGGAUAAGAUGAGUGGUGCUUGUAUCCACUGGCGUUUGGAAGAGUGAGGGUCUUGACUGAAACAAGGAGUCAGUGGAUGUGGAUGAGUUGUGGAAGCUGCAGAUGCUAGAAACCUGAAAUAAAGCAGAAUAGGCUGGAAACACUUGGGUCAGGCAGCAUCUGUGGGGAGUUGAGGUUCAGGUCCCUUUGUGGGGAUGACUGAUGAAAGGUCUUUGAACUGCAGCCUCAAUGCUGCCUGACCCGGGGGUGGUCAGCAUUUUCUGUUCAACUGCUUGCCUAUUAAGAUAGAUGAGGCGAAAUUUUUGAGGUUGUGAAUGUUUUUAACUCAGUUUGGUGGGAAUAGUCUUUGAAUAUUUUUAAGGCAAUGAGUGAGAUUUUCGAGCAAGGGGUGAAAGGUGAUGGUGUGAAUGCAGAGUUGGACUUGUCAGCAGCUGUAACCGCAUUGCAUGGCAGAGCAGGUUACAGGGCUGAGUGAGCCACUCGGUAACCCGUACAUGUAAACCAGCCACCUACAGUAUACAGGUGACAGGGCUGAGCCAGUCACUCGUAACCUGUACGUUUAAAUCAGCCACCUACAGUAUAACCUUCUCUCCAGGACAAGUAUCUAGUGUUUUUCCUUGUAGAUUUAGCAAAACCACUGGCCUGUUUUAAUGCAUUUCCCAAUCUUUUUGACUUGCAUUCUAAGGACAGCUGUUUCAGAAUGUUUAUCCUGAGGCCCCUAAUGGGAUGUCUUCCCCAUGAGACAGUUCCACCCUUUGGUUAACUCUGUCAGUGUGUUCUAUCUCAUCAGCCUGUCUAGCUCUGCAUCUCUCAUUCCCACAGGGAGUAGAUGAUGAACGAGUUCCAUAGUCCCAGCACCCUCUGGGUAAAGUACUUUGCCUUCAAUUCCCUGCUGAAUUUUACUAAUGCUGGUGUUGUGGGGAAACUGUGGGAUCUUGAAGACCCCUCUUCUGGUGAUUUCAAGCUGCUUGUUUUUUCCACUCAUGGGCGCAUUCUCCUCUGGUCUGGAUUGUUCGGGCAGAUCUUUGUCUCCAUUCCCAGUGGCCGUUCCCCCUCUAAUCCAGAGACCAGAAUUUUUCACUGUAUGUGAGGUACCAGACCAUUUAAUGCAACUCCUGUACUCUGUCCUAUCCUAUCCACACAAUCUGCACUGUCAAACCUCUGGCCCAUGUGGUCAAUAAGAGAAGGCAGCCUGGUCUGAUUGUAGGGCUAGGAUCUAACAGUACCCAUCAACAUGAUAUUGUCUCCUUAGCCCUUAGUCCCCCUCCCAGCCCCUGGGGAAAAAAUAACAACCCCUAAACUUUUAUUGUCCUGCAGAAAAUAUCAACCUUCCUUUUCACAUCCUUCCAUGCAAAGGUGCAUUUUAAUAGUACAGUGACCAAGGACAUCAGCCAUUGGGUUAACAUUUCAUUUGGGGUGUGCCUGUGUUGGAGUCAGGUUUUUGGACACAUUUGGGCACAGUCUGGUGUACAACAUUCUCAUUGUCUCCUGUACCAGCCUCCAACUCCUGUCGAAUUACAGUCUGGGGAACACUGAUGGGCAGCAUCACUGCAGCAAGGUACAAACAACAUUAAUGUUUGUCUAAACUCUUAAGAAAUAGGAAGAGACCAUGACUCUGUUCUGUCACUUGGUUCAGAUCAUGACUGAUGUUUGACCACUUGCACAAAUCCCUGUGUCCCAAAAUCUAUUCAGCUCUGAGUUGAUCACUGAACAGUCACAGUGUAGAGAACCUGCAGCACUCAAUGAAGAAAUGGUUAUGUCCUUUUAUCCUGGUCCUUGGGUAAUAGCCUCUCAACAGUUUCAGUGCCAGCUGAGGUCUCUCUGGAGCCCUGUGUAAUUGCUGCCCUCGAUCCUCUGUGGUCAGAGCUGAUGUGGUAUUGUCCUUCCUACAAGCUGGUGUAACUCAGCAGAUCAGACAGUAUCUGGGAUGAGAGAAAAUUGCCAACUACUCAAUAAACUAUCAAAGACUGGAAGGUCAUCAUCCUGGAACAUUGUCACCCUCCCUGACCCACCAAGUUCCUUACAAUAUCUUACUUUUAUUUCACUCUUCCAGCUUCCAUGGUAUUCUGUUUUUUAUAACCAUAUGCUUUCCUAACUUUAUUUCAAAAUAUACAAUUCAUAAAAUUCUAAAAUAUAAAUACAAUGCUUAUCACUAUUUUCAUGACAUCUUGCUCUAUUACUUAACAUGUCUGCUUUGCCUCACACACUGACCCCCACUGGGGUCCCUGUGUGCACUAAGAAUAAUUGCUCACCAUUUUCCAAUGGAUGGCUUUGUAUCCCCACAGACUCCAUGCACAAUCUCAGGACACCCCUUUGCAGCAUUUAGGUGAUGAGUGGUAACCAACCUAAACCAUUAAUUUUCUCAGCUCACUGACCUGAGUAUUCCCAGUAUUUUCUGUAGGCUGUCAAUGCCUGCUUCUGGUUCUAAGCCCAGUGAGACCCAUUGGCAGGUUAAGGGUGGGCAGUGUUUGAGGAUAAAGAUUGCCCCUCUACAUCAGCCCCAUUUGAAUUGUGCAGCAGUUGGAGUAGUGCAGCAUGGAUUGCCACACUUCCCAACCACUCUUUGUACCAAUCAUACCAUCAGCAUACAAAGAGCAGGGGAUCCUUCCCACAGUCCUCAACCAAUAGUUAAACGGGGACCAAUAUCAGAAAUAUAACUCAUCAAUUAUCUCAUUGAUGUUGGGAUCACAGAAUCAUAGUCAUACAGCAGGGAAACAGGCCAUUCAGCCCACCAUGUCCACACCGGCCAGUGGGCACCCAUUCAUAUCAAUCCUAUCUUCCAGCUCUUGGCUCAUACCCUUCUUUGCCUAAGGGAUUCAAGUGCUCAGCAACUCUGCUUCCACCAACCCCUCAGGCAGUGCAUUCCAGGCACUUAUCAUCCUGGGUGAAAAAGGUCCUCCUCAGAUUCCCUCCCCCCCAAAUCUCUUAGUUACCUACGGUCUGCCCCUCAAAAUUUUACACAUCUCAAUCACGUGCCCUCUUUACCAUCUCCAAUCCACAGGGAAAAAUGAUCUAGUCUCUCCAUCCUAGAACACAUCCUGGUGAAUCUCCUCUGCACUCUCUCCAGGGUUAUCAUUUAUCAUUCCUAUAGUGUGGUGACCACAACCCCAGCUGAGGUAACCUCCCUGCUCUUGUAUUCAAAACCGACUAAUUAUCUACCUUCAAAAAUCUUUGGACUUGUACACACCGAGGUCCCUCUGUUCCUCAGUAUUGCCUUCGACCCUAAUAUCCAUGCAUCAACUCACAUUUUCUCUGGAUUAAAUUCCAUCUUGGCCCAUUUCCUUGCUGUGUGUAAACUGGUUGCCAUGUGCUGUACACUGUGACAGAAACAGUCCAACCAAAGUUCAACAUCAGCUGUAAAAUGAGGUUGGUGCCACUGUAUGAAAAUGAAGAUUUUCUCAGCUUUGAGCUUGGAUCUGCUAAAUAACAGUUCUGGGUAGAAGACUAGGUUAAUGGCUGCUGGAGCACAGGUCGAAUGGGAGCUGAUGUGUCAGGUCAUUUGAUGUCGGUUCAUAGCCAAACGGAGUUUUUCACUAGGAGAACUCUUCUCUGGGGUCCUGGGGUGGGGCCAGCCUGGUCUCUGGUGACCCCCCGGUGUCUAGGGACCCUGGGCCCUGAUGACCCAGUGAUGGGGAGGCUGCAAUAGUUCACAAUGAGCCACUGUAACAUACACUGAUGUCUAGAACUUCAUGCUUUUACCUGUGACAUUUGGGUGUUUGGUUUUUAUAAUCAUUAAAAACAUUUAAUGAGAAAAGGGAUGUAAUGGUGACAAGGAGCUGCCAGUUCUGCCUGAUGUUCCUACUUCCCCUGAUCUCUGCCCAUAUCUGCCUGCCCACCCAUUCCCACCUCCCAACACCUGAAAGCAAGACCCAUUUCAUUGUCAUGAGUGGCCCGUGGCCUAAACUCGGGUUGUUGGGCUCCUGUUCUUUGCAUUUCUAGGCGUUGUAUUUUUUCAGGAAGAGAGGUCGCAUCUUUCUCGCACAGCAUACUUCAUUAACGACUCUGUCUCCCAUUGCUGCUCAAGUCUCUCUUGGAUCACUGAACAACUGUAUAGAUGGUGCAGAAACAUACAGGUCAGAUAAUUUUGGAGCUCUCUCCUGUUCACAUAGUUCACCUUGAGGAGCUGACUUUAAAAUACAAAGUGUGGCUUGAAGUAGUCCCCAACUGCCCUCAGAGAAAUGGUGAGCCACUACCAUGAACUGUUCCUGUCUAGCUGCAAGGAAACCUCUAAGUAAAUCCCAGGUUUCUCAAGUCUGCUGGUGGGAUGGUGCCGUACUGCAGUGGGGGUUGGAACUCAAAGCAGGAGUGGAGAGUGUACAAUAUGUCAUAUCUGAGUGGAGGAGCAGCAGAACCUGACGACUCAGGAUGAUCCCAGCUGGAUAGAGGGCAAUGUUUUGGGUUACGGAACCCAGUACAGAGUUCAGCGCUGAGAAUUGGGAAACCCUAUAAGAAAUGGGAAUUAAAUGUUUACCUCAAGGUGUAAAACACACAAGUUUUUAUUCAAAAAUUACUUUUUGAUUGCUGUCUUAUGGACAAUUGUUGAUUUACUGUCAUUAAAGGUACUUUUUUGAACAAGCAAA